CUACCGUCAUCUCCUGGUCGUCCGUCGGCUCCUGGGUUUCCUGGGCCACCAGGCUGUCCAUUAUCUCCAGGCAGUCCUGGGCCACCAUCUCGUCCUGGGUUUCCUGGGCCUCCAGGUUGUCCAUCGGGACCGGGAGGUCCUUGGGGACCAGGUGGUCCGGGUGGUCCUUGCGAUCCAGGUGGACCAGGAGGGCCGGGUGGGCAAUUGAAGCAUGGACGUCCAACAUCGGGAGCUGGUGUGGCUGGUGGUCCGUCAGGUCCAUUUCUACCAGGUUGUCCAGGUCGUCCAUCGGAUCCAGGCUGUCCAUCUUGUCCAGGAGGUCCGGGUGGUCCUGCUGGUGAGACUCCACAACCGCAGCAUCCGCCGCCGGAC